UUGUUGUUGAGUUAAAUAACUUGACUAUAUUCCACUCCGUCUUAAAUAUUUAAAUAUUUCCCUCCUCUUCCUCUCCUCUCCAACUCCUCCUCUCCAACUCACUCGCUCACUCGCUCUCACUCUCACGCCCAUUAUUGGCUUCUCACACCGUCUUAUCCUGAUCGCUCUAUUCUUUCAAUUGCUUCCCCCCUCUAUCCUAUCUGUCUCUCUCUUCUCUUCCUCCCCGACUGCUUUCCUGUGCGAUUGACUCAUCGCGCAAACAACAUCUCCCAUCCCAUCAUAUUCCUCCCGCACCUAACAGUCUCCUCCUCCUCCCUCCUCUACCAACAGAAUGUCCAAUCCGGCUGAGGGCAAAAGAAAGCGGCCCAGAACCCAAUCCUGCCCUCCCCCCGAACUCCCCCAGCUGGUCGCUGAACAGCAUGUCCCCAUCGCCUCCCACGACAAGGAAACCAAGCGGCUGAUUGUUGUCCUCUCCAACGCGAGUCUGGAAACAUACCGCGCCUCGUCGGGGGGGAGAAACGCCAAUGGCAGAGAAGAGAAAUACUCGCUACUCAACAGCGAUGAACACAUUGGCGUUAUGCGAAAGAUGAAUCGGGAUAUCAGUGAUGCGCGCCCGGAUAUCACUCAUCAGUGUCUCCUCACCCUCCUCGACUCCCCCAUCAACAAAGCAGGAAAACUGCAAAUCUACAUCCACACCGCCAAGGGCGUCCUCAUCGAAGUCAGCCCAACCGUACGCAUCCCACGAACUUUCAAGCGAUUUGCCGGCCUGAUGGUCCAGCUGCUCCACCGCCUGUCCAUCCGCUCCACCAACUCGCAAGAAAAGCUUCUGAAGGUGAUCAAGAACCCCAUCACAGACCACCUGCCGCCCAACUGUCGAAAAGUGACGCUGAGUUUUGAUGCACCCGUCGUCCGCGUCAAUGAUUAUAUCGAAUCGCUAGGGCCCAAGGAGAGUAUUUGCGUCUUCGUUGGCGCGAUGGCAAAGGGCCGCGAUGACUUUGCUGAUGGCUUUAAGGAUGAUACCAUUAGUAUCAGCAACUAUAGUCUCAGUGCCAGUGUUGCGUGUAGCAAGUUCUGUCAUGCGGCGGAGGAUGUGUGGGAUAUCGUAUAGCCGGCUACGUGAAAUGGGAUUGGCCCAGUUUAUUUUUGGGAAGGGUAUAUGUAUAAGCGGACACGGUGAAAAUUACCCUUUCAGGGCCUUUCUAGAAGUGAGGUUUGUUGUGUGAGGUAAUGAGAGGGGUUUGGAAGGUUUUCCUUUUGUUUUUUCCCUUCCUAGAUAUUACUGACACCGGCCGGUUCGAUGGUCCUCCCUCUCUGGUCUUUACCCUACAGCAUUUUCCCAUUUCAAACACAAAAACCCCGAAUUCGAAGCAGACGAACGGGGACUAUUGGGACUAACAGUUAAACCACAUCCCAACCGGACCUCCAAGCCAACAACAACAACAACUGCCCAAAAAAAAAAAAAAAAAAAAAAAAAAAAAAAAAAAAAGAGGGGAAAUAAGAAAGGGAAGAAAAGCAACAAAAAAUGAAACCAGUCGAAACGAGAGGCCAGCCACGAUCACAACAUCCACGCUUGUCCUCGCGGAGACUGCCCAAAGGAAACAAAAAAUUAAAAAAACUUUGCCCUUCCCUCUUCUUCCUUUUCUUAGUCUUCUCCUCAGUCACAUCACAUCACAUCGCAUCGCAUCACAUCAUAUUCACAACAAGCAUUUUGUGCUCGCGAACGGAUACGUCAAAAGCAUGUCGCAACCAGAAGCCAUUCUCAUUUUCAUUUCCCUUUUCCAUUUUUUCCAUUUUGUCUAGUUAAUAUAUUCACCAUACAAUUUUCUCUUUCUUUUUUUUGCAUAUGCAUUGAGAGCCUAUGCUUGGAUAUCGUUCUGUUUUUACAACAAAACAGGGGCGGUUCAACAGCCUCAACGCGCGCGGGAGGAGUUUUUGGGUUUCUUUUUUAUCUCUUUUUCAUUUUCUCAGUUGUUUGCAUUUUCUUUUGAAUCUUUUCCUGUUCAUUUUUCCCUGUGGGUAUAAAACCAUUUUUUCGUCCGGGGCUCACCUGCUCACAUCCGCCUAUUUCAUUUCUUACCAAGCUCACCCGGGGUGGCCCGGUUUUCUAACUUUCGCAAACGAAAACAAGUACACAACCAAACACGGCUGAUAUAGGGAAAAGAGAGAGAGGAAAAGAAAAGCGCCCCUGGAUAUAUCCCUACACCUGACCGGGGGCUUCUUUCCGCACUUCUAUAUCUCAGGGUAAAAAAAAAGAGAAAAAGCUUUCAAUUGUCUUAUAUUUGUAACCCUUAUAUUUGCCCCUGUCGAUAUAUCUUGUAUUACUUUCUUCCUGUCUCCCUUCCCCUUCUUUUUCUUUUUUUCGAGAUGUGGAAAUUUGGCACUUCAACUUGCCUCCACUGGCCGGGAUUUGCUGCUGGCAUUUGGUUUGGUUUGGAUUGGUGAUACAUGUCUAUAUACUAUAUAUAUAUAUAUAUAUAUAUAUAUAUAUAUAUACCCUCAACAUGGCAUGGGAACGAUGGAUGAAUGGAUGGAUGACGCUGAUGGGCUUACUAACUAGAAUCGGACUUGAUAUAUAUAUAUCUAUGUUGGAAAAAUGCAUUUCUUUUUUUGCCAA